AUGCUCCUCUGCGCAUUUCUCCUCCGCCAUUCACUCUCUCUGCUCUCUACUCUAACCUACUAUCUUAUCUCGCGGUCGGAAGUCCUACGGCAAAAGCGACAACAGUCAGGCAGGCGACCCCGGCCACUUGUCACUCUCUCACUAAAGCUCGUGAGCCACAGUGGAGAGCGGUAUCCGUCCGGUACGUCAACGUGGCCCUUUUUAGGGAGGGCGCUGCUUUUUCCGCGAGGAAGAGGAGCUAGAAAAGAUGCCCUAAACAAAGCUGGUUUCACGGCAUUUGCGCGCAGACCGUGGCUCGCAGACAAUUUAACAUGUAGUCGAAACCGAAACAAAAGAUAAAACAACUCUCUUUUUUCACCUUUCCCGCCGCCCCACCCCACAGGCAGCAAGGGUGAGUUCGUCCAGUCUGGCGGCCUGGGAUGCCCGUUCUCUUUUAGAUAAUCCGAGGAGAAACCUGCCGGAACGAAGAACGGUGCUAGUCGCUCGAGAACUGGCGCGCCACAAGGUGGACAUUGCUGCCCUCUGCGAGACCCGCUUCUCCAAACAAGGCCAACUGGAGGAGGUGGGUGGCGGCUACACCGUCCUCUGGGGCAGUAGCCCCAAAGCAGAGUGA